AGAAUAGGAGGAACUAUUUGGAUAUUUAUGAUUUUUCUGGUUCGGUUCUUUUUAAAUUUUGUUUAGUUCAGUCCUCUCGGUUUUGGAUAAUAUCCAGGUACGAAAAAACGGUUCCACGAGAACCGGUUGGACCGAUUAAUUUAAAGAAGCUCGCUCCGGUUCACUCGACCCGCGUUGCGUAUAUAAACCAAACCACUCUCCACUGAACGUCCUCCUCCUUCCUCAACUUCCCUCCUCUCUUUGAACUUUCCACAGUGAGAAGAAAAGAACGAUGACUCUAACCCUAAGCAUGGCGGAAACCCUAGAUGCUUUAAUCGAUAACUCCCAAGAAACCGAUUACUCCUCCGCUCACCCCGAGGAAGACAACACUCAGAACAUCGAUCUCUCUCUCCUCCGUAUCAACAGCUUCGGUAACUCCUCCGAUCGCCGCCGCGCGAACUCGUCUCCUCCGCAGUUUCCAUCGCACGGAUCUUUCGGGUCUUCCUCCCCCGCCGCCGCCACCAGCCCCGUGAAACGCCCCUCCCCGGAGUCGAAAGAAGCCGACGAGCCUAGACGCAAGAAGCUGUUUCUUCCCCCACCACGUGACGCCGAGGAUGACGAAACGAUGUCGAAUCGCUUGGGAUACUCGAAGAUUCCGCUUCCUGUGGAUUCUAAUCCGACGCGAGUCCGUUCGUCUCCGAUCUACAGACGAUCUCUCUCCGAUACGUUUUCUUCCCGAAGCGGCGUCGCUCAGGAAACAGCACCGUCUCUCCCGCCACGGCCACCGGUCUUCCGGCGGUGCGUCUCCGAUGUUUCGCCGGCGUUUCAUGGAACUGAUCUUGCGAAUCAAGAAACGUCCGAAGCCAAUAAGAUGCUCUAUGCUAUCAAGAAUGGAGUUGUUGAAUUGGAUCAGUGGUGUAACAAGCUUCUACAGUACGGUGAAUCGGUGAAACAAGAUGGCAGUAGUCCUAAGCGUCUUAUCAAGGAGGGAGUUCGUGAACUGGAUCAGUGGUGUAACAAGCUCAUCAAGUACGGUGAAGACAGUAGUCCUAAGGCACAAGUUGAGUCACCAGAGGAGGAGCACGACAAAGAGUGUAAAGAAGGAGUGAAGGUGGACAGAGUUGGUGAGGCUUUUGUUGUUGAGAUCAACUGUCCUUGUGGAAGAAACUACAGAACUCUCUUCUCUGGCCGUGACUGCUACUACAAGCUCUUGUAGACAUGGUGGUUUUCAUCAUCAUCACCGUAUGUGGAAGGAUCUCUCUCAUGCUAGAUACUAGCUAUACACAUUUUGUUUCAUUCGUAUUGUUUGGUACAGAUUGUUCCAUACGCUUCUUCGUUUUAUAGAUACUAUACACAUUGUUCUAGUGUCAUACUCUUGUUACCCUCAUUCAUUGAACUGGAUGUGAUUUUUGUGUGUGUUUGAUAUCAUGCUCAGAGGAUGGUAACAGUCUAAAUGGCAUCGUAAGGAAGUAGCAUCCAAAAUCCACUCAGUCUGCUGACUUGUCUUUUUGACCUCAAAAGUAAAAACCCUUUAAAGAUAUGCGUGUAUAUAUUCCUAAAUCAAGACACUAAAUAAAGUUAUAUAUAUUCAGGACCGCUAAAGUAAAGUCUAAAGCGUUCUUGUUGUAUAGUUUCAA